AUUAUUAUUAAAAAAAGGAAUGCACGUAGACAAAAAAUAUUGAUGAACUUAGGGGGUGCGCAUUGCUCCCUCUUGAGUCUUCAAUCUUGAUAGUCCAACGUGGCAUAAAGUAUUUUGAGAAUGAGGUAGUAUAUAAAUAGAAGUCACGUUUUACUAAUUCAGUUACAGUAUUUGCUUCAUUUGAAACUUGUAGUUUACGCUUUCUUUCUGCUAAGUAACAAUGUCUCUGCGACCUAAUACUUCGUCUUCUUCAUCUUCUCCGAGGAAGAAAGUGAACAAGAACACUGGUGUUGACGCCGGAGACUUUAGUCCGAGGGGAAAGAACGACUUCGUCCAGAUAACGAAGAAUAAGCUCCAAGAGAGUAUCUUCAAGAAACCAAAAGAGGAAGACGUUCCUUCUUCUCCCUGCCUCAUCAACACAGACCAUGAUAUUCUAAUAUUCAAGAUACAACACAUUCGUACAUUGACACAAGAGUUAUUUUCCGACGAUCCUGCUUCACAACUGGAAGCAACUACUGAGAUUUGGAAGCUACUAUCGAAGGGCAACAAUGCUCUACUAAUUGAGGAGGUGAUCCGGGCAGGUGUUGUCCCUCAGCUUGUGAAGUUUUUGGCAAGAAAUGAUAUGCCCCAACUGCAGUCCAAGGCAGCAUGUACUCUAACCAGCAUCACCUCGGGAUCGUCUGAGCAUACAAAAAUUGUGGUUGAUAAUGGAGCUGUUCCCCUGCUUGUUCACCUUUUGUGCUGUGGUAGUGAUGACAUGAAAGAGCAGGUAUUAUGGGUAUUAGGUAAUAUUUCUGGUGAUUCCCCAAGCGCAAGGGAUGAUGUUCUUAGUCAUGGUGCACUCUUGCCACUAUUGGGUCUGAUGUGGAAUCCAUCUAUAGUAAAACCAUCUAUCUUGAAGAUCGGUUCAUGGACUUUAUCAAACUUGCUCCAUGGAAAGAAUCCUUCAAAACUUCUUGAACAGAUACAGCCUGCUUUGCCUUUCCUUCGGAAUCUCUUGAUGACGACUAAUGAAGAAGUUGUAGUAAGUGCAUGCGGGACUCUCUCUUUACUUACUUAUGAAGCCUCAAGUCAAAUGAUCCAAGCUGUCAUUGAUGCAAAUGUCUGCCCUCGACUGGUAGAGUUACUACAGUCCCCAGAAUCAAAAGCUACUGUUUCUAUACUGAUAACUCUAGGAAGUCUUGCUAUGGGUGACGAGGCUCAUAUUCAGGUUCUAAUUGACAAUGGAGUUCUCACUUGUGUUAAACAACUUCUUUCAACCCGUGAUAGAAUCGUCAUCAGAUAUGCUUGUUGGGUAGUCUCAAAUAUCACUGGCGGGAAUAAAGCUCCAAUACAGGAUGUCAUCGAUGUUGAUCUUAUUAGUCCUCUUGUUCAUCUUACAAAGGCUGAAUUUGUCAUCAAGAGGGAAGUUGUAUGUGCUAUUUCCAAUUGCGCUUAUGGAACUCCUGAGCAGAUCCGGUUCUUGGUGAGUAAAGGGUGCAUUGAGGCACUCUGUGAUCUCUUGACCUGUCCAGACCCGACUCUUUUGACAUUAUGUCUACAUGGGCUGUAUAACAUUUUACUUGACGGAGAUACUGACAACAAUAUUACUGGUGGGGUCAAUGUUUAUGCUGAAAAGGUUGAUAAGUGUGGAGGAUUGGAAAAGAUUAUAAGUUUGCAGAGCUAUGACAACGAUGAUGUUUAUACUUUGGCUGCGGAUAUGGUGGAGACAUAUUGGCCUGAGGAGCAUGAAACGGUAGAUGAUGAGAAAGUUCAUAAUAGUGAGGGUGGUAGUGAGCAAGGUUAAAAAAUACCUAAUUACUUUUGUUAAUAAACUAGAUUUCCUUGUUACUCCCUGGUUGAAGUUAACUUUUUCUUAUCUUUGUUUACUCAGCUGAAGGUCAUAUUUUUUUAAUCUGGCUCAUAUUGAAUACUUGUCUUACAUUACAAUGAUAGAAAAGGAAAAUUAUAUUUGGAUAUGUUAUA